GUCCAUUUGAGCUUCAAUCAUACACGAGGAGGUCCAACAAAUUGGGCGGCGAGCAAGCAAGUGGGAGCGCUAGAUUCUGAGCAAAUUAACUGUGUUUUUUUUGUGUGUCGUGUCGCGUCGCGUCGUGGUUGAUUCCUUUGAGGUCAAAGUGCUUUACAAUACGCGCAGUCCGCGGCAGAGAGGCAGGCGAAGGCUGCUGCCCAAAAAAUUGUACAUUCGAGUGCUGCGUAGAUGAUCAUUUCGUGACGUCAAACGGGAAAUACAGACAACAGUGGCGACUCUUUCUCUUUGUGUUUUGCAAAGAAGAUGUUGCAUUAAGCGCGCUUCAAACUAUGCAAACAGCAGAUAAGUGACACACAUAGAACAAAAAGGGCGACAUGCUGCUGGAAAGGUCAACCGGAGACCAGGAAAAGAUGCUGCCACAGCCCCAUGCAGCAAUCAAACGGAAGCCCGAACAGGAACAGGAGCUGCAACCUAAGCAGCACAAGAGAUCCUACAGAGACUACAGCAAUAGACAACAGGCGAAAAUGUCUCCUAAUCCCAAUGCGCAGCAGAUUUUGGUCCAGAUCAGACCCUCCAUAAGUGUGGCAACGACACCCCCAACGACGUCUCCCAGCCCAAAACCAACAACGACAACAGCAUAUGAGAAGAUGCAACAGCAGUGUAACCCAAAUCAUAACAAUAACAACAACAACAAUUCCAAUAAUGGCCACACCACUGGCAAUGCUGGUGGCAACAAUUACAACAACGGAUACAACAACAACAACAACAACAGCGGCGGCGGCAAACGCUGCCCUGGAAAGUAUUCCAAUAAUAAUUGCAACAACGGCAACAUGUCUGGAUACAACAACACUAAUAACAACAAAAAUGGUUCCCGCAAGAAUCGCUACAACAACAACAACAACCAGAAUCAGAAUCAGAAUCAGAAUCAUACCCAAAAACAGCGUCACUUCUAUGGCAGUUCGCAAAAGCGAAUCGAUGGAGCAGGCGACGAGUUGGGUACCACUGGGAAUGUGGAAUCGCAGCCCCAAUCCUGGCGCAAUUACGGCGGACACCAUCUGGUGAAUUCUUCAUGCAUCGAAGACAAAUUCCUGGGCCAGCACAAUCCGGCCCACCGCAACAGCACCAGCAGCGAGACAGCUAGCGAGGACAUCUGCUCCAGCCGCGAGCAGAUCCACAAGCCCAAGGGCGGCCACAGCAAUGCCCCAAACGGUGGCAGCAAUAGCAACAAGUCGCACUCGAAACGCCAGCAGAAGCAGCAGCAGCAGGACCAGCAACAGACCCAGAAUGGCCACGGCAAGGCACAAGCCGCUGCAGGUGCAGCAGGAUUCAACAAGGCCAAGCAGCAGGCAGGUGGAAAGUGGCGCCAGCAGCAGCCCCAGCAGCAGUCGCAACAGUUGCAGCAGCAGAAGCGUGGUAGCAACAACAAGAAGCAGCAGCAGGGCAACAGCAAGUGGGGCAACAACAGCAACAGCAACGCUGGUGGUGGUGGUGGUGGUGGCAGGAACAACUGCCACAGCAACCUGAACAAAGCGAACGGCAACAACAAUCGCAAUGUGGCCAAGAACCUGGCCAAUUCCUGUGGCAGCAGCAGCUUCUCGUCCUCAUCGUCGGCCCUCAGUUCCUCUGCUGGCAGCUCGCCGAACAGCUCCCCGUACGCCAAUGGCAGCCGUAAGCAGCGUGGCAGUGGCGGCGAUCAGUGGCGCCACUGCAAGAAUAUCCUGCAGCAGGGCAAGGUGAACGUGAACUUCCUGGUGCCGCCGCUGCGCCAGCGCGAGCAAUUGAAAAUGGACGACGAGGAGGUGAUCAAGCGCCUGCGCCCCCAUUUGGUUGACCGCCACCUGCUGCGGGUGUACGGCUUCCCCGUGGACAGUGUGGUGCACGAGGGCGCCGUCGAGAUCUUCAAGUGCAUGCCGAACAUGAAUAUGGCCGCCGCUCGCGUGAUGUCCCUGACUCUGGAGCGGGAAAUGCUGUACCGCGAACAGGGGCCGCCACCCGUUAUCAACUACGAUGACGGCCUGCCGACGGAGGAGUCCCAACGAGCAGCUGCCGCCCUACAGGUGGGCGUAGGGACUGGGGCCAACCGAACCUUCACAUUGUCGACAGACUCCGGCAACAGUUCGCCGAGCUCGCUGGACUCCGAGUCCGGCGAAUGGAGCGGCAGCGAGUCCUCCGAGUCGUCGGCGGGAGCUGGCAGGCCGGAGAUGCAGUACUAUCAGUACGCCAACAGUGUCCACGCCCAUGUGGAGCGCAGCCUGGCGAAGCCAUGCGCCCGCUGCAAGCGCCACUUCCUGGUCGAUGAGAUGACCGGCGAGUAUCUGACGCGCGAGGAGUGCGUCUACCACGAGGGCAAGUACAAUCGCUUCUACGACGGUACCUACAUUGGUCGCUGGACCUGCUGCAAUGCCACCGACGAGGCAGCCGAGGGCUGCGUCCAGGGCGAGCUCCAUGUGUGGACCGGCUCUGCGGUGGGCGUCAACGGACCCUACUACGACUACGUGCGCACCCAACCAGCCCCGGGGCGCUACAGCUUGGGGCACACACCCUCCGUGUAUGCCCUCGACUGCGAGAUGAGCUACACGGGCCGUGGCCUCGAUGUGACCAAAGUAUCGCUGGUGGCCCUCAACGGGCAGCUGGUGUACGAGCACUUUGUGCGCCCCGACUGCGACAUCAUUGACUACAACACACGCUACUCCGGCAUCACGGAGCAGGAUCUCCGCUCGGACAGUGUCAAGACCCUCGCCGAGGUGCAGCGCGACCUGCUGCAGCUGAUCAACGACGACACCAUCCUGAUCGGCCAUGCCCUGGACAACGAUCUGCGCGCCUUGCGCAUCGUCCACCACACACUGAUCGACACCUCGAUCACGUUCCCCCACGGCAGCGGAUUUCCCUUCCGCCGGGCCCUGCGCCUCCUCACCAAGUUCCAUCUGCACCGCGAGAUCCAGUGCGGAGAGGGGACGACGGGACACAGCAGCUUCGAGGAUUCGCGCGCCUGCAUGGACCUCAUGCUCUGGCGUGUGCGUCGCGAGCUGGACCCCACAUGGCGCUGGCAGGGAUAGGUUCCGGGCUCGAGGAACGAGGAGCGAACAUGCGCACAAUGGGGCCGAGUGCACAUGCAUAUUGUUGGGCGGGUUGUUUUAGUUACGUAUAGUUAUUGUAAUAUUGGGAUGGGUUUCUGGGCUGGGGCUUAGGCCCUUCGGUGGCUCCACGGGGGACGGGGCCCACCGCUUAGAUGUAUUUUAUUCAAAUCUCAGAAGUGUUUUCGAAACACGGCAUCGAACGGCAGCUGACGCUGACGCUGACAGCAUUGCCGACGAAAUGUUUCACAAAUCAAAUUCAAUCAAAUGAUCGACACAAAAUGUUAUUGCAUUAAAUAAAGGCAAAACACUAUAUUUAUGAUAUAAAGAGAAGGAUAGAACUUUAAUCGACACAUAUGUAUAAACGCAUAUUGUUUUUUUUUUCUAUUAUUUAAUUCUUUUUUUUCGAACCACAAGAAAAUGUACUGAAGUUUUAGCUGUGAUGUUUUUUUUCACUUUCUCACAUAUUUACACGACAAACAAAACAAAAACAAAAAAAAACCACAAAAAAAGCCACAAAAAAAAAAUGAAAAGAAAAUACAAAAAAGAUAUAUACGUAGAUUUCUAGAGAGGAAGGGUAAUCGAAAUGCCUUUCAUAUUUUUUUGACCAAAACUUUCGACAAAAAAUCACUCCAUUUAUCACGAUUUACUUUUAGUUUCGUUUUCUUUACCAUUAUUAUUUUUAUAAUUUUUUUUUUAUAUUUUAUUUUAUUUUUUAUUCGACCAAAAGUACGAAUGAAGGAAGCAUCUCAUAUGUCAAAAAAAACGCGACGGAAGGAAAGUUGAAAACUUUCAAAAUUUAACUACUUUAUACACUAUGCAUAAAUGUAGGUUAGGUUCUGCCCCUGCCCGCCCGCCCCACCCCCCUCCAACCACUAAACGUAGCUCUUUAGUCUAUAUUUUUUGUCCCCCUUUGUUCUUUCUGUUUGUCAAGGAUUACAUAUAAAUAUUUAUUUAAAGAUAUCGCGCACACACACCCACCCACACACACACACACACACACAAAUGUUCAUUGAAGAUUCUUCGAGUGUAUGAUUUUUCACAUUGAACUUCGAACUUCUCCAUUUUAGGCUUAAGAGUCCCAGCAAGUAAUUAAAUUUGGUUUUCUGACCAAAUCCAAAUCCAAAUCCAAAUCCAAAAAGAAAUACAAAUAUAUCUAUGACAUUGAGCGAUUACUCCUCUUCGCCGGUGCCCCCCCUUGGGCGUGGGGUGUGGGGUGGAGCGGAGUGGCACUCGAGGAAUGGAGUUCUUUAUUCCUCAUUCGAUUCGACAAUUGAUGUUCCUACUUAGAGUAGUGGCAAGAGCACGCACACACCACACGCACAGAAUGCAACAAAUUUUAGUUUGAGUGUAUUUUUGAAAAGUAAAUGAAAAGGGCAGUGGAAACCGAGACGGAAAAGAUACAAAUGCGACUGCACUCUGCACGAAAAAGCAAAGGAAUAAAUUGAGCGAUUUAACGAUUGAACCACAAUAAAAGAAACAUUGAUUUGUUUACAACUAAA